AUGACAACACAACAAACAUUAUGCACAUACCCUUCUUAUUUAUCCGAAUUAUUUUUUAUAUUUCGUUCUCCAAACUCUCCCCCCUCUUCGACCUAUUCGCAAUACCCUUGGCCCGAAGAAUUAUUCAUUGACAGAGAUGGAGAACUUUUUAUUCACAUCCUAACCUUUUUAAGAAAUGGCACUUUACCCUAUUCCACCCCAUUAAGUAUUUUACAAAAAUUAGAAUAUGAAGCCACAUUUUAUGGCAUAAAACCGUUACAAACUUUAAUCUAUCAACGUAUACAAAUACAUUCCUCCUCCCCAAAGUUUAAAGUCAUCCCUAUUGAAAGAUUGAGCGAUGAAGAAUGUGAUUUGGAAGAAGAUGACGAGUACACUCCUAGAAUUUGCCUAAAGAGAUCAAAUUUAUCUGGUUAUUCAACUAGUUCCUCUUAUGCUACACCUCAGCAACCGGAUGAUUCGUCCAUAUAUUCCUGUUCUUCCUCUGGAGAUUCAUCCGAAGAAGUUCCUAUCAUUUACAACCCUGGUAAUACAACAUCCAACACUUGUAACACAGUUACGCCCACCACAACUUGUUAUACUCGUACUCCAAAAUCUUCCAUUUCCACUUCAAAUUUUACUGUUCAUCAAAAUUUGUAUUUAUCUUCCGUUUCUGCUCAACAUUAUGACUACAAACCUGAUUAUGAGAUUAUUUCAAUUACUAAUGCUCCCACUAUAAAUGAUUUGGAAAAUUUGGAUCAAUUUCAUGUCCCUGAUGAAGAGCUUUACGCCAAAGAUUUGGCUACUUUUGCUGUAUUACAACGCAAAGAUAAAUAG